AUGUCGACUGUCAGCAUUGACGCCCACACUCCGGCCGAUGUCGCCCAGCUUGUGGCCCGUGCCGGAGUAGGCAAGGGCAAUAUGCGCCUUGACAAGGUCUUUUUCAGUGCCUUUUCUGCCGGUUGUCUGCUUGCCUUUGCCUGUGGAACGGCCCUGAGCACCAGUACAACUGCAUGGUUCCAAGAAAAUGCGCCCGGCUUGAUUCGCACGAUAUCCGCCCUGGUCUUCCCUUACGGUUUGUGUAUGAUCAUCUUGACGGGAGCGGACCUCUGCACUGGUUCUUUCAUGUUCACCACCGUCGCCGCACUCCAACGCCAACUCCCCUGGUACAAGAUGCUGCUGCACUGGUUCGUGACUUUCUGGGGCAACCUGGCUGGAUCCCUCUUCGUCGUCGCAAUCAUCUUCGGCUAUGGCAACGUCUUCGCCGCCGACCCCUACAAAUCCGAAGUCAUCGCCUUCGCCACAAAGAAACAAGUCACCCCGGACUUUUACCACAUCUUCCUCCGCGGGAUCGGCUGCAACUGGCUCUCUCUCGUGGGGAUCUGGUUCCCGAUCUUUGGCUUCGUCUCGCUGGGCUUUGACCACGUCGUCGCCAAUAUGACCUUUAUCCCGAUGGCGAUCUGGCUGGGUGCGCCCGAGAUCACGGUGGGGCUAUACAUCUGGAAGGGGAUCAUUCCGACGCUGCUGGGGAAUAUUGUCGGGGGCGGAUUGUUUGCUGGCACAUACUACUGGUAUAUGUACCUCUUGAGUGGAGAGGUGGUUCCUCUGACUGGGAUGCUCAACUCGGGCACGGUAACGCCUGGUUCAGAGGAUGUGGAGGCCAUGGCUGCUGAUAAACAGAACUAA